AUGUCUGACUCUGAAACCCGUGACACCAAACCAGACCUCUCUGAACAAAAACCAGACGUCAAAUCGGAAACCCACAUCAAUUUAAAAGUCAGUGACGGUUCAAGUGAAAUCUUUUUCAAGAUUAAAAGAGCUACACCUUUGAAAAGAUUAAUGGAAGCUUUUGCUAAAAGACAAGGGAAAUCAAUAGAGUCCAUAAGAUUCUUGUAUGAAGGUCAAAGAGUUAAUGCUGAUUCUACUCCUGAUGAAAUGGAUUUAGAAGAUGGAGAUGUGAUUGAAGCUCAUCAAGAACAAGUGAGUGAUUGGAGUAUUCUUUUAUUGAGUUUUACUAACUAUUGUAUUAGAUCGGUGGUUGUUAAUGUGUGUAUUAAUGUUAAUUUGAGAUUGGCUAUUGACGUGUAGGAAGAUUGAAUUGAUUAAUUAAUUGCAAUUGAACUAUUAAUUGAAUUAAUCAAUUGAAUACUCUAUUACUUAAUAAUUAAACUAUUAACUUAACAAUCUAUUAAC